AUGCUGUCCAGCGUGUCGCCGUGCGGCAGCGUGGACGGCAACUCCGGUGGCAGCAGCUUCCCCCACCACCACCACCAUCACCACCACCACUCCUCGGAAGGCGGGAAGCUGCGCAAGUUCCCGUGCAACUUCUGCCCCUACACGAGCGACUACCGGGCCAAGCUGAACCGCCACAUGCGGCUGCACACAGGCGAGCGCCCGUUCCAGUGCGAGGUGUGCGGACGGGCCUUCACGCGCAAGGACCACCUGCAGAAGCACCUGCCGACCCACGACGGACGCUUCAAGGAGACAACGGCCACGGAGAACAGCUUCCUCGGCAGCCUGCUGACGAUCAGCACCCAGCACCCGUACCGCUGCAAGCUGUGCGGGCGCGGGUUCAUCCAGAAGCACCACUACGAGCGGCACGCCAAGACGCAUGACGAGAGCUUCGUGGACUACUAG